CACCCCCUGAUCAUGAACGAUGAUGAAGAUGUUGACGAUCGUGAUAGCAAAGUUUAAAGGAUAUGUGUUUAGAGUUAAUUCGAAUUAAGUGAAGGUUUAAGAAAUCAUGGAAGACGAAGAAAGAGAUCUGUUAAUACGUGCCGGUAGUGAUAAUGAGGAAUUUACUGAUAAUGAAGAUUCAUUCGAUAGUACAAGAGGGAAUAUUCAACAUGACGAUAAGACUAAUCCUUUUUAUGAGAAAGUGCAGUUUAUUUGUGUGGGUCUAGUAUUGUGUUUUUCCUCUGCUGCUUUGAUAAUAUUGUUACCCCUCUAUUUGGAGGUUGUGGAUCUUCAUGGCGACGCAUAUACUGCUAUUAUUUUCACAUCCUCAACAACAACUCUGGGGUUAUUUUUGGUGUCAUGUAUGUGUGGAAAAUGGGGAAGUGGUGUUAGAGCAAGUUUAGUGCCACCAUUUACGUUUUCAUCGGUUCUUCGCACAGGUCUGUUAUAUGGGACUAGUUGCUUUUUGGUGAUAUAUUCCCUUGAGAGGAAGAAAGUUAUAUGCCAUCUGCAAGAUCCCAUGAAAGGCAUUGUACUCGUCUUUGCAUUGGUCUACUAUUUCUUCUUCUGCAGGAAAAUGAUGGGCCUUCAGAAGAUCUUUUGUUCUACAACUAUUAUUGUUGGGCUGUUUAUCAGUGUUGAUUAUGGUCUGUGUGAUGAGUUUCGAUGCCGUGGCAAUGAGCGUGAGCAGCGGAGUGAGGAUGCUGGGGACUGGACCUGGCAGAGUCACUUAGUGUGGACUUUUGUAUACAUUGUGGGACUUGCACUGUGGAGCCUCAGCUAUACAUUGUUGGAAGGACAUCUAGUCAUACCCGAGAGUUUUACAUGUGUUGGGACUGGAAGCUCUCGUCUGAUUACUGUGUCCCGUUUAGUUUCUGCAAGAGAUAGCCGCUCAACACGUCACUCAUGUCCACUCCUGCAAGUUGUAGAUGAAAGGCAAGAGCUUCCCUCACAGCCAAAACAGUCCACUAGCUCUCUUGUUCAGCGAGACAGGCAAAUCAUUUACAUGAGGCAACAGUACUGUGAUGCUGAGAUCAGGCCACGUGCCUUGCCUAUAGCAUUGUGGCUGCAUCUUGUCACUCUGGUAUUGGUAGUUGCUCUGUGUUGGACUGAUAUGACAUCUAUUAUGGGGAAGGGUUCUUCUGCAUCUGAAUUCUGGAACUUGACAAGAAAUGGCCUGUACUGUCAUUUUGGUGGAUACAGCAAGGUGGCCCAUAGUUUGAGUAAUGAAGUGACAUUGAAUGUUCAUGACACUUGCCGCCAGGUGGCUGUAUAUGCCUGGUCAUUUCUCUUAGCUUAUAUAGUUUUCAUGUUUUCAUCGCUUAAGUUCCUCAUUGUCAGUGAGUCAGCUGUUUUCACAGUAGCUGUGAGCACCACAGCCCUCCCACUUGCUGGUAUAUGGUGGUCUCUAUUCCGUAUGGUAGGAGGUGUGACAGCAUCGACCUCAGGUUUCCUGGAGUGGAAUCCUGUGGUGACUGGUGAGCUGAUCUGCUCAAUCCUUGGGCUUCCCAUUGUAUUGACUGGGGUGGGGCUCCUGUGUAAGGCAUAUUUCAAGGAGCUCAGCUAUGGGAAUGUUGUGGUGGCCUGCCUAAGGCAUCAAGAGGAUGAAUCUGUUGGCUAGUAUUGAUAGACAUGCACUGUUAGCUUCCCUGGUAAGGUGGAGCAGCAAUAUCCAUAGCCUUGAUACAUGACUGUAAACAUGUUUUAUUAGAUUGAUCCUAUCCUGUUCUUUUUAUUUCCACCCUUACUCAUACCAGCUACAAAUUUAUCAGCAUGAAAAUUAAAAAGAAAGACAUUUUGGUAUGGAAAAAUAUAAAACUUCUGUCAUUUGUUGUUCUUUUAAAAAUUACUAAAAGAAAUGUCAAAGAAUAUAAAGAUCAAAAAUAUAGCACAGGGCAUGCAAUUAUAAUGUAACAGUAAAUUUGUAAGUUGAUGGUGGAAGUUUUCCAGCAGUUGACCUACGUGGGAAAAUUACAGCAUUGGAAAUCUUGUGGCACAGGAUAGGAAGGGGUUAAAGAAAGUGUAAGUGCCUCUGUGUGUGUGUGAAAGGUUAUAACACAAGGUCAGUAGUACACAAUGUUUGUGCCCUUAGCCCCUGUGUUAUUUCAUUGAUGUAAAGAAUUCCAGGAUAAAUAUGAAGCUCUAGUUGUACAAUACUCUAUACAAUGGUAAAUGUUUUGUACAGUAAUAAGUAUUAUAGAAAUUAAGUCUUAUAGAAAAGUGGCAGAUUGGUGUAUUUAGUUUAGGGGUCGAAAAGAUUCAGUCUUUGGAGAACUUUGUACUUGUUUUGGAUUGUUAACAUUAGUGCAUCAUAGUCAACUGACAAACAAGUAUGGUUAGGUACAAAGCUUUUUGCAACCUUACAGCAUAAACAUUCCUAAAUAAGUUGAAGUGACAUCAUGUUUUGACCUUGAUGGUGCAUCUUAAAAAUGAUCUGUUGAGACAACAUAUUAUCGGUUUAAUUACAGGGAGUUCUGUUGACAUAGCAGGUAUAUAAUAAUGGUUGUAUAGUUAUUUAUAUACAUGUUUCAGACAUAGAGGCCAUAUUCAGGCAUUUAGUACAUUCAUUAUCUGCUUUAUGCAAAUGUUAGUGAUUCUUGUCAAAAUGUUUUGCCUAGGUUAGAUUAGAGUCUUGUGGUAACAGUUGGCUCACAAAUGGUGGUGAGAUUGUUAGCCUUACACGCUGGUUGCCCUUUGGCCCCAGCCAGAUUCCUGAUACUCAUUUCUGUUAUAGGCUGGAUUGACCCCGGGGCCAUAGUGCAGCUGGAAGGAUUAGGUGAAUUAGAAAAAUCCAAUGACCUCAUCAGGAAUCGAACCCACAGCCUUCCAACUUAUCGUAUAGUGCCUCAGACAACUACAUUACAGCGUGACCCCAUAGGAUGUAUAAUAGCUCUGAAAUUGCUGAAAAAGAUAAAGAUAUAGUAAAACAUAAAAGUUAAGUACUGUGCAGUGGCAAUAUAAGUUGUAAAACAUAAAGAUUACAGUGGUUAGAACUGUCAAGUUGAAUGUUAUGUCUCAGCAUAAAUUAGCAGUACUGGACUGCAUGUUCUGGGUAUGUGUACUAUCAAUUAUAUGUAUACAUAUGCAGUCAUUCAUAACAUUGCAGUGAAAGGGGUUGAUUAUAUUGUAAUUUCACUUGUAGUUUUCUCAUGUGUUUGAAUAUGGUGUGUGCUUUGUGCCCUGGGAAUCUGACAGUUCCACACAACCUCUGCAAUGACAGCAUUCAUAGCAUACGAGAUACAAAUAAUCCUACAGAUCAACUUCAUAUAAAACCUCCACAGCGAUUAUUACAUAUGUUGCACACAGAUCAUUGUUACAGCAGACAUCUCCAUGGCCUAGGGGGAAAAAUCACCAGAUUCCUAGAGCAAAGAGGACACACCAAAUUCAGUCAGAUGAGAAAACCACAACUCAAACUGUGAUAUAAACCAUACAGUCAACCCUUGGUCACAGUGUAAUGAACAACCACAUGUGUUUGAAAAGAAGGUAAGCAUAUCCCUGUAACAGGCCGUAGAGGCCCAUAGGGUUGUGAGAUGUCAGGGCUCCCACAGUUUCUCUAGACCAGUGUUCUGCAACCUUUUUCUACUCGCGGCACACCAUGAAGUAUCCAUGACAACACGACACACCAAAUAUUAUUCCCUUCAAAAACGCAUGAUAUGAGACAAUUAAUAUAAAUACGUAACGUGAUCAACUUAUUACUAUAAUAUUAUUAUAUUGUUAUUUUAUUAUCAUUAAACAGAAAUUGACUCGUGCAUUUAUUAACAAUUGAUGAACUUCAAUCUCCCUGCAGAGUGUAGAAAAUACACUUCUAUUACUAUUAAAGUAAAUACAGUAAUUCAACUCAUACCUUCAAUGUGAUAC